GCCUUAUAUAAAGAGGAUCCGAAUCAAAGCAUCCCAGCAAACAAACCAAAAUAAAGCCAAUAAGAAGGAAAACAUCCAUCCAAAGAAAAGAAUGGCGUGUGCAACGAAAAUCUCAUUGAUUAUCUUCUUCGCUUCAUCUCUCCUUAUCCAAGGAAUAUUAGGUGAGCUGAUCUGCGAGAAUUUGCCGACGAAUUUGUGCGCAUUCGCGAUUGCGACGUCGGGGAAGAGGUGCGUGUUGGAGAACUACCGGAACGAGGAGGGGAGUGUGGAGUACACGUGUAAGACGUCGGAGGUGGUGGUGGAGAGAAUGUCCGGAUACAUCGAGACUGAUCAGUGCGUCAAGGCAUGCGGCGUCGACCGUGGAUUCGUCGGAAUCUCGUCGGAUGCCUUCCUUGCGCCUGACUUCACCGCCAGCCUCUGCUCCCCAUCUUGUUACCAGAAUUGCCCUAACAUUGUCGACCUCUAUUUCAACCUCGCUGCCGGUGAAGGAGUAUUUUUGCCAGCUCUUUGCGAGAAGCAGAAGACGAAUCCCCAUCGGGCGAUGUUGGAGAUCUUGAGCAACGGUGGUGCUGUAGGUGGCGCGGCCCCUGGUCCGAUGGCUGCAGAUUACGUGGUCGAUGCUCCUGCUCCUGCCCCAGGAUAUUUCUAAAUUAUACGUCCAAUAUUAUGAUUCUUUGAAUUAUUAUUGUAUAGAGUGAGAGAAGCUGGAAACGAUUCUGUUCAUUGUUUUGCUUCGGAUUUGUGAUCCGAAUUUUCGUGUAUCGUUUUGUUUCAAACUUUCAGUCUAUAAUAUUUGAAUAAAUGUUGUGUUCUUUCGUCGUA